UUAUAAGUUACUAUAACAAUUCUAAUAUCUGCCUAUAAAUAGUAUUAGUACUUACCCUAAUCGAAAAUCACAAAAGCAUUUGAGCAAAAACAGAAAAAGAGUAGAAAAAUCAUGAGUCGUGGAAACAACAGAGAGCGUUCUUGUAUCCUAGAAUUUGAUGGAGCAUCCAGUGGAAAUCCUGGAAGGUCUGGUGCAGGAGCUGUUCUGCGUUCUGCAGAUGGGAGUCGGGUCCAUGGCGUCAGCCAAGGACUCGGCACUCAAACAAAUAAUUCUGCUGAAUAUAAUGGUCUAAUUUUGGGGCUGAAUGAAGCUAGGAACCAAGGAUAUGAGCAUGUUCAUGUCCGAGGUGACUCUCAGCUUGUUUGCAAGCAGUUUGAGGGUUCCUGGAAAGUCAACAACCCAAAUUUAAGGAACCUUUGUAAUGAGGCUGUGGAGCUGAAGAGUAACUUCAAGUCAGUCAGUGUCGAACAUGUUCCUAGGGGUUCUAACUCUGCAGCUGAUGCUCAAGCAAAUCGCGGCAAAAAUCUUGGAGCCGGCGAAGUUGAAUAUUACUACUGAUCUGAUCAUGUGAACGCAUGCCACUGGCAAACACUACUGGCAACUAUGUUAAUUUUCCUGUUUAGGUUGUGCCUACUAGUUCAGCAUUUAGGGGGAUUUACAUGUGACACUGCAUGUCAAAAGUCAAAUGUUGUUUACAAUUUUGUCAAUUUGAACAUGCCAUGAUGUGUAUAUCUCACCAUUGCUUAAGAGACUUAAAAUGGUGCUGUUUUGAUGUUUGGAUUUUAUGCUUAGUGAAUGUUUCUGAAUUUCUAUCUUCUGUCUUCA